AUGGGUGGUAAGGGUGGUAUGGUACCUUACUUUCGUGCCUCCUUUCUGGGUCACACUAUCGGGCAUGCAUCUGGCGUCCCCACUGCAGGAGAGAUGCGACUGUUGGUUCUUGCAUCUUGGGUGCUUGGCCACGCCGUUGUUGUGUUACCUGUAACUUCUUGUAACUCAGCUCAAUCGCAACCUGAUGCAGCCAGCACCACCCCCUUCCCUUCCAUUCCCUUCUCUCCCAGCGCCGUGCUGUUGCAUCAUCUUUCCUCCUUUGCAGUCAUGUGCCCGCCCGCCCACGCCUCACAACGUAUCCACAUUUCCGGCUACAAAUGCAGACACAAGAGCGACGUGGACGACAUAACCAGGGCUAUCCCUCUGGAUUGGACAACAUGGCAUAGCUCAAGAGGACUCUUCCCCGUCUUCACCUAG